AUGCUGAUUAUCGCUAUCGUUGUCAGUAUAAUACUUUACCAGUCACAUGGUAUAUCACUUAAUUUGUCUGGAAAAAAGCAAUGUGUUGGUGCUGUAGGACAGGUGGUGUGCAGUGGACAACCAUCUCCUUAUGUAUUUGUAGCGUUGUACAACGAAGAUCGCAAUGCUUAUUUUAACACCAAUGACAUAGUUCGAUACGUAUACACAAAUGAAACUGGUCAUUUUGCAAUUUUUGGUUGUGUAUCAAAGGAGCCAGCUAUAGUCCCAAAAUUACACAUUUAUCAUCGUUGCCAUGACGAAUCCGUGAUCUGCCCACUUUAUUUGGAGAUUUAUAUACCGUAUCGUCAUGUGAAAACAAUGUAUACUUACACCGAUGAAAUCGACCUAGCUAAAAUAAAUGGAAGUAUACAUUUUAUGGAUAUCGUGGAUGUGACGUAUAGAUCUGGCAUGGAGCAUACAUCUUGUGCAAGAUUCUUUGUAUCAGAUACAUUUAUGAUAUUCAAACUAUAA